GUUCAAUACUGGAAACGUCAAGCUGAAGAAGCUACGGCGAGGUGCAAGAAGCAGCAGGAGGAUUUCGAUCGCAUCAGGGAAGGGAUGGAGGACGCAAUAAAAAAGGGCCCAAGGGAAGAGGUCGAACAGAUUCAAGCAAAGAACGACAUGACAAUCGAGAAAAUGAAGAAGGAAUAUGAUACCCUGCACAGCGAUUUCACGAAAUUGACAGACAUUAUGGUCAUGCGAGUGGAGAAAGCCGAGGCAGAUAUCAACAACAUGAAUGCCAGGUGUGAACGCGUGGAUGAGGCAUUGGAGAGAUCCCAAGCAGAGUGUGAUCGCAUAAGCGAGCGAGCGGAACAGCUCCAAAUCCGGCAGAACGAACUCCUAGCAAUGGUUCGAGCCAAGGAUGACCUGCUACAAGAUCAGGCCGAACGAUUCGAGCGGAUCAGGCAGGCUUUGCCGGUCCCCGCCGAGGCGCCACCGGCAUACGAUCACGAUCACAACGAGGACGACGGCGAUGAGCACGGCGAAGAUGCGAAUGAGGAGAGCGAUGACGACGAGCAGAGUGGAGACGGGGAUGAAGAAGGUCAAGAUCAGCAAAGGGAGGAUGUCGAGCUUGGCAAUACCGCCCAGGCUCCUUCGCGUGGAGCCGUUCAGAUGAUAUGGGGGCCUUUCACCCCACAACAGAUCAUCCAGAUGGGCGAGGAAGCCAGCAGGACGAUGCAAGCGCAAGGGGCGACUCAAAACUCCGUUGGACGCGAGCCCCCUGAUGCCCCGCAACCGGAGGACUGA